UAACGUUUUUUACCAGCCGACCGGCAUUUUACAGAAGCCAUUUUAUAGUCUCUCGGAAAGGUUGGGGAGAUAAAUGAUCUAAUAUUUACUAUUGUAUAUACAUAUCUAUUUUUUUUCCAUUUAAAGCGUAAACAUGCCUGGAUAUUCAGACAGAGACCGCGGACGAGAUAGAGGCAGUUAUGGCAGCAGUGCUCCUCGAUUCGGCGGAGGCCGCAGUGGGCCGCAGUCAUCUGGAAAGUUCGGCAAUCCCGGCGACAGACUGCGCAAACGGCACUGGAACCUGGACGAGCUUCCUAAAUUCGAGAAAAACUUCUACAAGGAGCAUCUGGAAGUCACCCGACGAUCAAUGCAAGAGGUGGAACAGUACCGCAGGGCAAAAGAAGUAACAGUCAAAGGCAGAGACUGCCCAAAGCCUAUUAUGAAGUUUCAUGAAGCCACCUUCCCAAAUUAUGUAAUGGAUGUUAUCAAGAAGCAGACAUGGUCUGAGCCCACUCCCAUCCAAGCCCAAGGCUGGCCACUCGCACUAAGUGGAAAAGACAUGGUCGGCAUCGCCCAAACCGGCUCUGGAAAAACCCUGGCAUACCUGUUACCAGCUAUUGUACACAUUAACCACCAGCCAUUCCUUGAGCAUGGAGACGGUCCGAUUUGCUUGGUGCUGGCCCCCACUCGUGAGCUGGCGCAGCAGGUGCAGCAGGUCGCUGCAGAAUACGGACGAGCCUCUCGCCUGAAGUCCACCUGCAUCUACGGAGGAGCUCCAAAAGGACCCCAGAUUCGAGACCUAGAGAGAGGUGUGGAGAUCUGCAUUGCAACCCCUGGCCGUCUGAUCGACUUCCUGGAGGCUGGUAAGACCAACCUGCGGCGCUGCACCUACCUGGUCCUGGACGAGGCCGAUCGCAUGCUGGACAUGGGCUUCGAGCCACAGAUCCGCAAAAUUGUCGAUCAGAUUCGCCCGGACAGGCAGACCCUAAUGUGGAGCGCCACUUGGCCCAAAGAGGUGCGCCAGCUGGCCGAAGAUUUCCUGAAAGAGUACGUUCAGAUCAACGUCGGAGCUCUGCAGCUCAGCGCCAACCAUAACAUCUUGCAGAUUGUCGACGUCUGUAACGACGGAGAGAAGGAUGACAAACUAAUCCGCUUGCUGGAGGAGAUAAUGAGUGAGAAGGAGAAUAAGACCAUCAUUUUUGUAGAGACCAAAAGACGGUGUGAUGAGCUGACCCGGAGGAUGAGGAGAGACGGGUGGCCUGCUAUGGGAAUUCAUGGAGAUAAAAGCCAGCAGGAGAGAGACUGGGUCCUGAACGAGUUCAAAUACGGUAAAGCGUGCAUCCUGAUCGCGACAGACGUGGCCUCACGUGGAUUAGGUGCAGUCUUUGUGGCAGGGCCUAGGCAUGACAAGCCCCAAGGCCGGCAGAGGGGGAAGGAGAAGUGGAAGUGAGCGACUGGCGGCCACCCAGUCGCUUAGAGAGCACUGUUCAUGGAAUGGAGAGAGCAGUUUUUCAACUUCCUGUAUCACAAUUGGUGAGACUGGCACAUUUAUAAAGGGGCUCUGGGACACCUGUAGACAGUGGAGCAGAAUCUUAAAGGGGGAAAAAAAAAAACACCCUCAAAGAGAGUAAAUCAUCAGCAAUGACUAUCCAUUUCCACGAUUGAAGUUCCUCCCUCUCCUGCAUUUUUCAUUCUUUUCAAAAAGUCAUGUCGAGACCUGCCAACGAGAGACAUUUUCUCAAGUGAACACUGGCUUCUGGGAGCAUCUUGCCUAGACGAGACUGUGAUGAGGGAUUUUGCGGUCGCUCUUUAAUAACCUCAAACAGAGUGGGGGGAGGACGCAACUAAACAACACCGUUUUUCCCCCUUUCUUUUUCGUACCUUUGGCUCUUGUGGGUGCCCUCACGUUAGCCACGGUCUUUUUGGUCUGGGCAAGACAGCAGUGUGGCCUUUGUUAGCGAGCUUCUUAUGAGUGUGCUGAAAGGGGGGUACUUUACACAAAAAAAAGGACCUAUAGCGCAAAACAAAAAAGCCACGCCCAACGGUCCUGUGUGUGUCGGCACACGAGGAGGCAAGAGUGCGCAUAGUGGCCCUACUGCGUUAGAAGCACCUGGAUGUCACUUGACAAUUUGUGGGGAGUUGGCUGCAUUGGGAAAGGACUAGUGAAUGCAUACUCCUUAAUGGUAAGACAUUUAUUCUCAUGGUUUGGUAAACAAAAAGCGGGAGGGAGGUGGACGGUGAUCUUGGGUCUGUUUACUUCUGGUGACUUUAGGUUCUGUUUAUUUAUUUGAAUGAUUUUUCUUUCUAAUUGUGGGAUUAAAGCAAAUGGAGUGUGCAUCCUUUCUCUCUUCCCAUGGUAGUGUUCCCACUGAGACAAUCAUGCUUUUAUUUAUAUUUUAAUAUGUACAUAAAAAAUAUAUCCUAGGACCUGUACCUUAA